CUCGGCCAUCUUGACUUUUUGUUUUCUAAAUUAUUUUUUAGAAUUUUAUAACGUAAGCAUGAUCAUCAUAGGGCAAUUAUGACUAAACCUACUAUGGUUAGAACUCCUAUGUACUUUAUUUCAAUCGGAAAAUUGGUCAAUUAAGUUACCUUCUUCCUGACGCCGAUGGAUUCUCUGCACGCUCUCGCUAACUCGCCACCGUCGACGAUUUCUGAGAUUUCGGGACGCCCGUCGGACAACCCUCUGGCCACGCCAGCGGGGAAAGCAGCCUUAACCUUCACGUACGCUAAUCAACCUCUGAACUUCAAGGCAGCUUUGGCAAGGAUCAAUCAAGAUACAGCCAAGAGUUUGUCUCAGUGGACUUUCGUGGGUACAAAACGACAUGGAAACAUGCCUCUUCCAAGGGGAUCCAGAAUUGAAAUUAUCUUCCAGAUUCAAAGAGAAGCUCUGCCGACACUGGAAGAAGACCCUGGUGGUCCGUCUCCUGGAUCGUUCUAUCGCUUACUCCUAUCUAUGUUCUCAGCUAAGAUGGAAGUGGCGGCCGGUUAAUUAGAUCUCUCGAGAUCAUGGAUCUCAAUAACGACACAAUUUUGGCAACUUUUGGAGAUGAUCAAGACUAUCUAAGAGCGCUGACGGGAGGACUCAGGGUCAUCUUUGAACAUUACUUAGUUGUUCAUCAAUGGUCACCCUCGUUUCGUACAUAUGAUAAGCCUAAUAGAUCGGUAGUCGUUUGGAUUCAAUUUACGGAGUUACCAAUUCACUUCUAUCACAAGGAAGUUUUGUUUGCCAUUGAGAAUCUUGUAGGAAGAACUAUCAAACUUGAUUAUCAUACUAAGAGAUUGAAACGGGGCAAGUUUGCUCGCCUAGCGAUAGAGUUAGACAUGAUUAAUUCCCUUCUAACAAGGAUUCGGCUUGACGGAGCCUAGCAACAGGUUCUAUAUGAAAAUAUCCCAACAAUUUUUUUAUUCGUGCGGUUGAAUCGAUCAUACGAAAGCUGAUUGCCCUGCGAAGUCACUUGUACCUCUAAUAAUGCUAGCGACCUCGACGGAUCAUAUCAACAGCUUGCCACCGAUCAAAGAUACACCGGACCCUCUACCGAUUUUGGGUCAUGGAUGCAGAUUGUCCGUAAAUCACGACGGAAUAGCAAAUCGGCUCCAAAUGAGGAACAUACGCAAGGUGCUACAUAAGAAAAGAAGCAAGAUCUCACCUGGAAUUUUGGUACAAAUAAGGGAAGAUGAAUAAUGAGAAAGGAAUUGUGAUCGGUGACACAAAAUGAAAGCAUGAGCUCCGUGGAGCGAUCAUGUGGUUGGGAAUGAUGCGGGAUGAGGAGGGGUAUUUCUGUCCGCUUUUUGAAUUUUUAAUUGUUUCCCUUUUUUUAAUUUGCUCAGCAUUUAUUAAUUAGCUUUGCAUGGAGGAGAGAGAGUUAGUGUCUUAUCUCUGCAACUCUCUUUUCCUCUUUCUUUGUUCCUUUCUCUCUGUCAAACUCCUUCUUCUCUAGAUCUAGUCUCUUAUUUUGUUCUUCAUUUUUUCUCUCCAGCAAUCUCCUUUUUUCUUUGUUCCUUUCUCUCUUCCCAUCUCCUUCUUCUCUAGAUCUAAUCUCUUAUUCAAGGAAAGGUGCAGCCUCCUUUUUUCAAGUACUCGGCUUCAAAAUUGGUGACGCUCCAUAUCGACCGAGAGGGGACAGAUCUAGGUGAGUCAAGUUUGCAUGUGUUUAGUUUUUGUUUAUGGAUUUUCAAUUCCAAUCUUCCUCUUUUUUUCUUCUUUUAGUGUUCUCGUUUGCGGAGGAAAUUAGAGGAGGCAGAAGAAAGGUAUGUGAAGUACGUCUUAGUUUUAUGUAUAUUGUUGUUACCGUACUAUACCAUGGUGGUAUUGUGUGGUAACUAGAUGUAUAUUGUGAUUACCAUACUAUACCAUAUGGUAAUGUGUGGUAACUCGAUGUAUACAAUAUGGUUACCAUAUUUUACCAUGAAAGUAGAGUGUGGUAAUCGACAUCAAUUCAGAGAAAGGAGAUUCAGAAGACAAUGAAGGGGACAAGAAAGCGAAGAAAGUUGGAAUUAUAUAUAUACCACACUAUACCAUAUGGUAAUGUGUGGUAACUAGAGGUAUUUUUAUGCAUACCAUGUUUUACUAUGGUAAUAGAUGAUGGUAAUUAUAUUUAUAUUUGUUUUUAAAUGGUUUUACGUUCUCUUACCAUGUCGUAUUGUAUGGCAAUUAUGAUUAUUUUAUGGUCAUUCGAUUUACCAUGUUCUACUAUGGUGGUAUUGUAUGAUAGUUAGAUUUAUAAUUUUUUGUAACAUGUUUUACCACGUUAUACCAUGUGGUAUUGUAUGGUAGUUAGAUUUCUAAUUUUAUUUUAGCAUUUAUACCAUAUGGUAUUGUAUGGUAAUUAGAUUUGUAAUUUUCUUUAGCAUAUUUUGCCAUGUUUUACCAUGGUAGUAGAAAGUGAUAGUCAUAUUCAUACUUGUAAUUACCCUUCUUGGCAGAGAAUUAUUAAAUGAAAAAAUCAUCAUUCA